UCGGCGGCGGGGUGAUUCCGCAGCACGCGGCUGGCCGCUCCAAUCACAUCGCUCACAUGCGUUCGCAACGCUCCAGAGCAUCGAAACACGACCAGGCCACUAUCGUCGGGGUCGAGGCUUUCCAAAAGCAAACAAAAAGCCUCUCCAUCGCCGCUAUCAUCCGACAUAGCCGGCGAAAAAAGCGAAGAAUGCACGCGCCUCUGUUUUGUUUUGGUUUUUAUUAAUAGCUCUCAAUUUGUUACCGGGCCCGUCACUCUUGAUAUGAUUGGAGGUGCCGACCCGAUGCUAGCCGAUGUGAAAAUACCCUUAGAAAUAGUCACUACCGGGAUAGAUAUCUACUUAGUAAAAUGCUGUCUUCUUGUUACAUGUUACUUAAAACGUGGAAAGCUUAAUGGGCAAAACUCAGCUGAUAUUAGUUAUACCCAAACUAGAGUGCCUAAGAUUGCUGAGGGAAAUUUUUAGUCUGAGCUGUCGGAAGACCUUGAAAUCCCAGCGCUUAUCUGAUGUCUGAAUGAAAUUAGCUGUUAUUGGGAAAAAUUGUCAAGGCAGUAACAAACGCGAGUACUUGAGAUAUGUAAGCGCGGCGCAAGCAUUUAAACAUAAUAAUAUCAUCCACUGAGUGCUUGUCAUUUUGAUAAUGGAACCUUUUCAACGUGUUUACGAUGUGCACAAUUGUGUUUCCUUACGCAAUAAUAUUAUUUGUUGGGGUAGCGCCAGGAAGAUGGAUAGAAAUAACUUACAAGUAGCAGAGUUUAUCUAUUAAUGAUGACCCAUUCUGGGCCACAUAUUAUACAUAUAUUACUCCGAAACUGGAGCAACCUCCUGGGUUUAUGGCGUUCUUUUGGAAAUUAUUUGCAUGCGAUUUAGGGGAUUUGGGUUUCGUUAGCACGCAUUUCUUUAUACACCAGUAUUAAUUUGAUUUAAAUUUGUAUUUUAAACAGUGAUAUGGGGAAUCGAAGCAGACGUCUGACUUGUAAGCGCUUUCGAUCAAGGAUGCGUGGUGUUUUAAAUAAGUUUUCAGUCCGACGGGCCAACAUCACACUCAUUCCACAUAAACUAUCUAUUUGGAUCGGGACACUAAAAUAAUACAAACAUUCCUAUUUCGAGACCAGUUCAACCAAAUUGGCAAUGGAUAAAAAUAAAUCUUCUUUGCUUCCAUAUAUAAUGGACAUGCUUAGUCGCGAGCCUCAGUUGUGCACUACUUUGGACGAUUUGGUCAAGAACAUCAAGGAUAUAGUGCUUGAGGAGCACAUCAAUCCCUUCGGCAGCCUCAAGCGCGCGGUGGAGUUCGCCCUGGAGGUGGGCGUCAACCUGGGCAUCAUCUCGCUGACCGACGAGCGGGUCCGCAUGCCCUUCAAUUUCCGCCGAAGCCUGCCCAAAACUAGGGUGCCCCUGGCUACAAGGAUCUCGCCUCGCUUGGGGCGGCGGGCGAUCAAGCAGCGGAUGCCGACGACCACGGCGGCCAAGCUGGUGGCGAGCAAGAAGCGAUCGGGACGAAAGUCCAAGAAGACUGAUGGGGCAGCCGUAAGGAAGCGACACUAGGGGCGACCAAGUGGCGAUACGCUCUGUUCCGUUUAAUAAACAAUACAAUUACGAGUGGCCUGCGAA